CCCCCUCCCCCUCGCCUCGCGCCCUUCUCCGUCAUGCAGAGGUUCGACAAGAAGUUCGGCCAGCUCCGCCAGUGGACGGCCGAGAAGGCCGGCAAGGCCGUCGCCACCACCGUUGAUGACGAGUUCAGCGCCCUCGACCGCUCCGUCGACUCCAAGAAGGAGGCCCUGGAGAAGCUCACCGAUGGCAUCAAGCCCCUGCUGCCGCAGAUCAUCCGCCCUGACAUGGUCCUGAUGCCCGGCACGAUGGCCGCCCAUUCGGCCCAUGUGUCGGCCUUCCAGACCGCGGCGCUGGCCAUGCUCCGGGCUGCUGUGGCUCUGGAGGCCACUCCGCCGCCGAUGUUCGCCUCGGCCGAGGACGAGGUUGUGUCGUCGGAUCUCAAGCGCAGCGCCAGCCGGUCCUCGCGCAUGAGCUCCCAGGCCUCGACCACGUCCUUUGCCCUGCCCCCGGCCCAGUCGGCCGCCGAGGGGGCCUCCGAUGAGGCCACCCCCUCGCUCAGCGAGUCCGGUGGGGCCCCCUCCAUCCGCUCGUACGAUGACGAUGACGAGGAUGAGGGCUACGCCCAGCGUCUGAAGGAGGCGCAGAACUCCGACAACAGCGUCGACAGCGCGGCGUACAACCGCUUCGCCACUGCCCUGCGCAUGUGCUCCGUGGCUCUGGAGAACUGCGGCUCUCACUCGAUGGAUCUGGAAAACACCAUCCACAGGUGCCUCUACCAGCAGCUGGACACCGAGCUGUCGCAGGACAUCCGCGACUGGGCCAAAAUCAAGGGCAAGCUCGAGUCCCGUCGUCUCGACAGCGAUGCCAAGCAUCACCGCUUCAGCAAAACCGCCGCCUCUUCGUCCAAGUACGCCGAGGCCGAGCGCGAGCACAUCGAUGCCCGGAACAAGUACAACCAGACCCUGGACGAUGCGCGGACCAUGAUGCGCUUCCUUGUGGCCGACCGCUCGCAGGGCAACGUCGCGGACAUCCACCAGUUUGCCAGCGCCAUGCACACCUUCUUCCUCAACAGCACCAUCGCCUGGCGGGAUGCCCUCCAGUCGCUGGAGGAUCUGGAGCCCAGCCUUCCCAAGACCGAUCUCACCACCAACCCCUUCGAGGGGGCCAACAACGCCAACAACUUCGGCGGCUCGCCCUCCACCGGCACCUGCCAGUGUGGCGGGGCCAGCGGGGCGGCCUCCAACGAGCCGCCCUUCGCCUCGGUCGAGGACCCCAACGCCCCGACUCUCAAGGUCCGCGCGCUGUAUGCCUUCGAGCCCGAGUCUUCGGAUGAGCUGCCCCUGGCCCGCGGGGACAUCAUCAAGGUCCUCCGCCGUGUGGACACCCACUGGUGGAUUGGCGAGCGCGAGUCCGACAGCCGCAUCGGCCUCUUCCCGGUGCCCUUCGUCGAGCCUGUCAAGUAA